CAACGUAACGAAAUGGCACCAACAUCUCACCACUACUAACACAAAGUUUUACACGAAGUCUAAUGUACUGGCUUUGGGAAUGGAAGUGCGCAUGCGUGACUUGUGAAGAAGAGGUUUGUCGUUGUAGUUGAUGUUGUUGUGUUGGUUAUCUUCCCCUCACUCCGAGCGGGUAACCUAGGGUAACCAGCGCAUGACCAUUUCCAUUCCCAAAGCCAGUACAUUACACUUUGUGUUAGUAGUGGUGAGAUGUUGGUGCCAUUUCAUUACCAUUGCACAGUUGGUCUAUUAAGAAGUGAACAUAAAGCGAACUGAAUAAGCUGCAAGGUCGAUGGAAGCACUAAAUAAAAUUGAUUUGAUGACCUUUCUAAAUUUUUUUAAAACCGCUAUUUUUCUAUUUUUUUUAAUUUUAUUUUUUUGAAAAAAUCGAGGAAAAUCGACCUUUAUGAAGUGGCAACACUGUAACAAUCAAUUUUUUAUUUUUUUUUCGAAAAAUAAUUCAAAGGGUUCAAACCGGUUUGCCGGUUAGGUUAUCAUUAUCAAUCAAUUUAUUUUGUUUACAUACCUCCAACACGUGUUCGGUGGAUUUGGAAUCGAUCAAAGAACUUGCGUUUCUCAAAAAUAUAAUAUUUUGCUUAUAAUCGUUAAGAUGAUGCUGCAGAUGUUUCAGAGUCUCACCUCUUCUUAAAAACUACCUUUUCAAGUAUACUUUGGUCUUCAUUUCUCCUCAAUUUGAUAGCCACUGGAAAAAAGGAAAUUCCAACUGCUCUCAUUCGAAUCAUAUGCGAAUAAUAUUACCCAAGUACUUGAUUAAUUCAACGAUAGAAGAAAGAUUCAUUCCUGAAGCUCUCGUUCAGAUCAGAUUCAAAGAAUAUACUUUCAGUUCGUAUCAUACUGGGACAUUAUCGACAUUUUAAUGACUAUUAGUCGAGAUGGCUCCUGUAGUACGCAUUCCUACUCUACAAGAAAUCGCAUCUUCUCGCGUAGCAGUCGCUUUAUGGGAAUCUAUAGAUCUUCCUAGCAUCUUGUGGCUGAAUUUUAACAAAGAAGACGCCGAUUCACCGUUUAUCAGCUUUGUGUUGAAAUCACUGAACAAACUGAACGUUCCUCCACGUAUAGCAAAACUUCUCGAGACUCAAGUUGAGAACGUAAAGAAAGAAUUAGAUAUUUGGGUUCGUCAUUUUACCAAUGAAAUUUUUCGCUCUCCCGAACUAAAGUACGAAUUGUACGGCAAUAUUGGCGACAUAAUUUGGUACGCUGAUGGCACCAUUAAUCGUAAAGCAACUGCUAGAAAUUUAUUGAAUUCUCUCAGAUUGAGUGAAAUCGAUAAGUAUCACAUUCUGUGUCACUAUUCUUUGAAAGAUGAUAUUGAUCGCUUAUCACCGUUGCUAUUUACGAAAAAUAUCGUAGACCAUGUUGAAUUCUCUGACGAUCCUUCAAAUUAUUACUGGAAUUGUUACUUCAGAAAUGAGUUGGAUAAAGUGCCUGUUGACGAUGAAGAAAAUUCAUCUCUAGAUGUGUUCAUGUUUCAACAUGACGAAGUAGACUGGUGGUCAAUGAAAGAACACUUUUUCGAUCGGUUAAAUGCGCAAGAACAAGUCGAGAAUAUUAUUUGGUUAAUCGAUGACGGUUCUGCGUUCCCAUAUCUGAAACUACUACUGAUGAAAUUGACCGAGAAUCAAUUGUUUCAAGGUUAUACGAAUCGAGCUGUAGCGGUAAUCAAGCAGUUCCUGCAUAACGAUAAUGGUAAUCAAGAAAUUCUUCCAACUUGGUACGAUGUUCGGGAUUUGAUCACGCAAGAAGAGUUCGUGACUAUGUUUACGAAUUUGCUGGAAUGGAAGGAGUACGUCUGGGCUCCUGUUCCUGGUGCUAUUCUAUCGGAGAUUUGGAUCAGCGCUGGUGACGAUUUCAGAUCUCAUAUUCUGAAUCAAGGACAUGUAGUUUUUGAAAAAACCUUGAAGUGGUUUAAACGUGCCGAAGACGAAAGUUUUAUGAGCACGUUGCUCCAAUAUACGAAUGAAAAUCUCAAACAAGAAAUCAUCGUGGGACGAUUUUUCAGAAAAUUUUGCAAAAAAUUGAUCAACAAGGCAAAAUUAAACAAGUUGGAAAGUUUAUUUAUUAUAUGGUCUUCAAGCGGUGACGAUUAUUUGGUACAAUUUAAGCGAGAUUUCACCCAGACUGCGUUUUUUGUCAAUUUUUGCGAUUUGGUGUUGAAAGAAACCGUGUACGCAGAUGAAGAAGAUGACUUAGUAAAGGUGAAAGCGUUGGAGCAAUUGUGGAACAUAUUGUUUUCCACUGCCGAAGAAGUAACUGCAUUCAAGAAAGAUUUCACGCAGAAAGAAUUGUUUCGAGAUGCCUGUAGAAAAAUGUUGUCGUAUGAGAAAUUCUACUCUUUAGAAUCGCUAUUCAACUUAUGCCUCGUAGAUGAUGGAGAAUUUGAACGAGAUUUUGUGAAAAAUGAAAAUGUGUUUAAAUAUUGCAGAGAACUAAUAGAGCGCACGCCAGUGCAACUUCUCGAACUCGAACAACUUAUGAAGGCAUGCUCUGGCAAUAUUGAUGUAUUGACUGAAUUUCAAAACAAACUGAUAAACCAGAGGUUUUUUGUGCGAAAAUGUGAAGAAUUGAUCGAACAUAAAGAUUUUUCAUUUCUGGAAAAUUUGUUUGAUAUUUGUGUUCCAAAUACGUCAGAUGCCACGAUAUUCAAAAAAGAUUUAAUCACACGAGCGAUUCGGAAUGAGUGGUGGGAAUCUGCGAAAGAUGUGAAUCAGUUGCUAAAACUAUGCCUUCCUGAUCAUAAAUCCCCUGAAUCCGUUCAGUUCAUGCGAGAUUUGGUAUUUGAUUCUGGUGCAUUGAUAUUUCAUUGCUUAUGGUGUUAUGGGUGGAAAUGUUCAACCACGAAUGAUUUGCUAAUGGAGCUUCUGUUGUCACGAUCAGACAUCGUAUUAGAAUAUAAAAAACAACUGUGGAUGUCACCAAGUGGUGUACGUCAGGCUGUUCGUUUUCUUUCAAGAGAACGUGGAAAUGAGAUUACAACUGUUUUGAAUGAGAUCAUUGCAUAUGCUUUUCCCGAUGAUACAGAUUCAGCCAACGAAUUCAAAAAAAAAGUGAUAUUUUCUAACGAAUUUAUGGAAGAACUGCAAAAAAUGAUAUUCGGUGGUGACCCAUUGAACUUGGCGAAGAAACGCAUCGAAAUAUUUCUGCCGUCAAUCGAAGAUCAACAAACACUGAAGAAACAGUUAAUCGAUAAUCUACAACCGAAAAUGUCUGAAAUGUUUCAUAAAAACGGUCACUCAGGCUGGCAAUCUUUAAUGGAGCGAUUUUUGGAAAACAAUGAAGCGGUACUGGCGUUGAAAUACAAAUUACCAAUAGACGAAUUUUUCGAACGUGAAUUCAAGGAGUGCAUUUUUCAAACGUAUGACGAGCAUCAUCGGGUAUCGCGAUGCACUUUGAAGAAAAAUUUCGUGUUUGAUUCGCUAGAUGUACUUCUGAAUUGGUAUUUUGAAUCGCCGAAGGAAAGAAAAGAGUACAAGGUUGGGAAACUUGAUGCUUAUGAGAAUAUGAAACCGAUAGACACGUUGCUGAAGAAGAAUUGCCAUUCGUCUUAUAUGACGAAAUUAAUGGACUGGUUUUUUGAAAACGACGCUGUUCAAAUGGCUGAAUUCAAAAAGAAGCAUAAAGGAGAACAUUUCGUUAAUAUGAUUAGAAUUUGUCGCGAUAGUUAUUUUAAGAAUAGACGUACGCUGUAAUCGAAGAUUUGUGAAUUUUUUUAUCAUUAUUAUGAGUAAUUGACGUGAUUUUUUAUAUUUGAGUUACCUACUGGUGUAAUUUUUUAUUUUAUUUCGACGUGUUCGCUAUAAAAGUGAAUGUAAAUCUAGUACAUUUUUUAAAUUUUGUACCUUCGUAAUGAAUACUGUUAGUUUACGUUUAGCUAUGUCAAGUGUUUUUGUAUGAAUCAUAUCGAUAAGUUUAAAAGCUGAAAAUUACUAUUAUUUUUGUUUUC